CUAUUAUAAAUGUUUUAUAGUUAUGCCGAAAAUUGUGAUUCCUCCUAAUUAUCUGUGGUAGAUUUAUAAUUUUGUUUUUUUAAGAAAUAAUAAUUCAGAUUAUUUUUUAUUUUAUUUUUUUGGGUUAUUGAAACAAAACCAGCAAACCACACUUUCGCCGGUACUAAUUACACAUUUACAGUGGGUAAAUCAUCCUUAAACCCCCCAAACCUCCAUUCCCCCAACUUACACAUUUCCGACACAGUCAGACAGCAAAGUCAGCCGCCAGCGCCGCCAUCGCUCCACGAUGAAUCAGUUUGCGAUUUCUCCUUGUUCUUCUGUUGUUCCCUUGCCUCAUCAUGCCUCCAGAACUGAUUCGUCCCGGAAGGCGGCUGCUUCUCUGCAUUUGCAAGAGUUUGGGGUAAAAGGAAGUGAAUUUCAUGGGCAUUCUGUUGUCAACCUCAACAAAAAAUUGAGUUCAAAGACUACCCAUAAUGGAGCUAUCCAAGCUGUUUUGGCCAGUGAUAAGGAGGCAAUCAUUUCCAGUGGCACCGAGGGGAAAGUUCUGAAGAAAAAACUGAAUAAAGUGGUACUAGCCUACAGUGGUGGUCUAGAUACAUCUGUCAUUGUUCCAUGGUUGAGAGAGAACUAUGGGUGUGAAGUUGUUUGCUUCACUGCGGAUGUUGGUCAAGGUGUAAAAGAGUUGGAUGGCUUAGAAGAGAAAGCUAAAGCUAGUGGAGCAUGUCAGUUAGUGGUGAAAGAUUUGCAAGAGGAAUUUGUAAAAGAUUUCAUAUUCCCUUGCUUACGAGCAGGCGCCAUUUAUGAGAGGAAGUAUCUGCUUGGAACCUCAAUGGCUCGCCCAGUCAUUGCAAAGGCAAUGGUUGAUGUUGCCAGAGAAGUUGGUGCUGAUGCAGUUUCACAUGGUUGCACAGGAAAAGGAAAUGAUCAGGUGCGAUUCGAGCUCACUUUCUUUGCCUUGAAUCCUGAACUCAGUGUUGUUGCUCCUUGGAGAGAAUGGGAAAUAACCGGUAGAGAAGAUGCUAUUGAGUACGCUAAGAAACAUAAUGUGCCGGUGCCAGUGACAAAGAAGUCUAUCUACAGCCGAGACAGAAACCUUUGGCAUCUCAGUCAUGAGGGAGACAUCUUGGAAGACCCUGCAAACGAGCCAAAGGAGGACAUGUACAUGAUGAGUGUUAGCCCACAAGAUGCUCCUGAUCAACCUGAGUAUGUAAAAAUUGGCAUUGUUGCUGGAAUCCCUGUUUCAGUCAACGGGAAGGAGCUCUCCCCUGCAUCUCUCCUUUCUGAGUUGAAUGAAAUUGGUGGAAAACAUGGAAUAGGUCGGAUAGACAUGGUUGAGAAUCGUCUCGUUGGAAUGAAAAGUCGUGGAGUGUACGAAACUCCUGGCGGAACCAUUCUCUACUCAGCUGUCCGUGAACUUGAGUCACUUACACUUGACCGAGAAACAAUGCAAGUCAAAGACUCUCUUGCCCUAAAAUAUGCUGAAUUAGUGUAUGCUGGUCGUUGGUUUGACCCACUCCGAGAAUCCAUGGACAAGUUCAUGGAAGAAAUAACAAAAACGACCACUGGUUCUGUGACCCUCAAACUGUACAAGGGUUGUGUGUCCGUAACAAGCCGAGAAAGUCCUUAUAGUUUGUAUAGAGAAGACAUCUCUUCAUUUGAAAGUGGACAAAUAUACAACCAAGCUGAUGCUGCUGGAUUCAUCCGGCUUUAUGGGUUGCCGAUGCGAGUUCGGGCGAUGCUUGAGAAGGGAAUAUGAAUCUGAUAUGUUUAUGUGAGGUUUUAGGACUUUCUGGUGGAUAGAUGGGGCCGUAUUUGCUGUAACUUGCAGUUUCAAACACUUUAAUUUUUAUGGAGGUUGCUUGUCCUAGUUCGCUAUAAAUUUGUGUAAACUGUAGGGAUUCUACUAUUCCAGGUCAAGUUACGCUAUGCAUGCGAGAUUUCUAGGUCUCUUUUGUUAUUCACGCUAUGGUUAAUGGAAUUAGUAAACAUUUUAGUUUUAUUCAACGCUAAAUUCGAUCAUUUGAUGCAUAAACCAAAAAUUACGCCAACUGGUGAAUAAAAGGUGAAGUAGAGAUUAAACUUGUGUACCAUUGCUCAUGUCUAAUGUCAAUGUGCAUGUGAGAAAAACCUCUUUUUUCUAAUAAAAACAAUGAUCCAUCAAACUGUUCCAACUUCCAAGUAAAGGUUUUACUUACCAAAAUCAUGUAAUUACUGAUGUAUUAU